AUGUUUGCUGCCUGUGAACAUGGCCCGGGCGAUGGCCGCGACAAGAAGGUGGAGUUCUGCUCAAGGCACUCCAAACCAGGGAUGAUCAACGUCGUCAGCAAGAGGUGCGACCAUCCAGAGUGCAUGAACGGGGCAUCAUACGGUACAGACGGCAGCAAGAAGGCGGAGUUCUGCUUUCAGCACAGCCAGCUGGGCAUGGUCGAUAUCGUCAACCGGAGGUGCGGUCAUCCAGGAUGCACGAAGCAGCCGUCGUAUGAUAAAGACGGCAGCAAGAAGGCGGAGUUCUGCUCUCAGCACAGCCAGCAGAGCAUGGUCGAUGUCGUCACCAGGAGGUGCGGUCAUCCAGGAUGCCCGAAACAACCGUCAUAUGGCAAGGACGGCAGCAAGAAGGCGCGGUUCUGCUCUCAACACAGCCAGCAAGGCAUGGUCUCUAUGAACAGGAGGUGUAGCCAUCCAGGGUGCAUCAAACACCCGUCGUAUGGUAAAGAUGGCAGCAAGAAGGCGGAGUUCUGCUCUCAGCACAGCCAGCAGGGCAUGGUCGAUGUCGUCACCAGGAGCAAGAAGCCGGAAUUCUGUUCUCAGCACAGCCAGCAAGGCAUGACCAAUGUCCGUAACAUCAGGUGUGGCCAUCCGGGGUGCACGAAGGUAGCAUCAUUCGGUAAAGACGGAAGAAAAAAGCGGGAAUUCUGUUCAAAGCACCGCCAGCAGGGCAUGGUCAUUAUCACCAACAAGAGGUGCGGCCAUCCAGGGUGCACGAAAGUGGCAUCGUAUGGUACGGACGGCAGCAAGAAGGCAGAGUUCUGCUCUCAGCACAGCCAGCAGGGUAUGGCCGAUGUCGUUAAGAAGAGGUGCCGCCAUCCAGGGUGCACGAAAGGGGCUUCAUUUGGCACAGACGGCGGCAAAGAGCGGGAGUUAUGCUCUCUGCACAGCCAGCAGGGUGUGGUCGAUCUCAUCAGGAAGAGGUGUGACCAUCCAGGGGGCACGAAGGUGGCAUCAUUUGGUACGGACGGCAGCACGAAGGCGGAGUUCUGCUCUCAGCACAGCCAGCAGGGUAUGAUCGAUGUCGUUAAGAAGAGGUGCCGCCAUCCAGGGUGCACGAAAGGGGCUUCAUUUGGCAUAGACGGCAAAGAGCGGGAGUUUUGUUCAAAGCACUCCAAGCUGGGUAUGGUCGAUGUCGUCCACAAGAUGAGGUGCCACCAUCCAGGUUGCACAAAGCGGCCGUCGUAUGGUAAAGACGGCAGCAAGAACCCGCAGUUCUGCUCUCCGCACGCGAAGCGAGGUAUCGGCGACAGCAAGAAGCCGGAGUUGUGCUAUCACCACGCGAGGCCAGGGAGGACCAAUGCGCAGCAGGCCAUGUGCGGAGGACCAGGGGUCGCAUUUUGAGGGGUUGCUGGUCGUGUGGUCGUAUGCAUAUGGCAUUCUAAAAGGUCGUCGUGUGGUUCGGGGCCCACCACAGGUGACCUCGCCAGGUUCACUGGCUCAAAUGGCACUUAACGGUCUAACAUGGCAUGUUGCUGUGGUCUGGCCGGUAGUUCAGACGAUGCACUUUCUGGAACUCACACGCACGUGGCGCGCAUGCAUCAUUAUGUAUUCAUGCCUAUGCACUUUGCCAUAUCGUUCGUCGCUUGGAUACGACAUGCAGCGUGGUGGGAUUACGCUGUAGUUUGUUGACAUUUUUCUGGCAUUGCGUGUAAGCGGGAGCGAUGGAGGGCUCUCCCUUUAUUUUUUUUUCUGGAUGGGGCCUCCUUGUCCCGUUUAUUCAGACCGUAUUAUUUCGUCGGGGCACGUUCCUGAGGGUGGAUAUAACAUCUGCUCUGCCCCUUCCUGCCUCGCAAAAAUGCCCCACAAACUAACGCUCCACACAUGGUUCUCGGGAGAUAGAUGUAUGUAUCCUUGACGCAGUCGAUUGCGGUGCAAACCGGCCACCUGCAUCGUCGACCUGAACGUGACUCUUCGCGUCGUGUGGGGUGCGUCGUUGUUUGUUGACGACCUCUGGGGGUCCUGAAGUAAGAAGAG